UCCAAAGCUCCACAGCUUCUUCUUCUCCACCGCUUCCGUUCAAAUGUGCGCUUUCAAAACCCUAAGCGUUUCUCCUCCCAAUUUCCCCAUCCGAUUCUCAUCGUUUCCUCUUGGUCUAUGCUUCAAUGGGCGACAGCUCUCCACCCUUGCCGCCGCUGCUGCUGUUGCCACUGAUGACUCCAGUGACACCGUCGAGCAGCUGCUCACCGACACCAACGGCAUCGAGCGACUCAUGAAGAUGGAUCGCCGGAGGUUUCCUGAAUCUAAUCGUUGGUUCCCGUAUCUUGACGUCUUUAGAGUGGGAUCGAUGGCUCUGAGGAGCGGGGAGGUUAUCCAGGCGCUGGACCCGUACAUUCAAGACGCUCGGAAGGAGAGGAUGCGGCAGGCCGUUGUCGGAAGGAGCUACUCCGUCUGUCUCGUCGUCGAAGGCCUCUCUGACUUCGGCAACGUCUCCGCCGCGUUCCGUUCCGCCGAUGCACUUGGAAUCCAGUCCGUCCAUGUUAUUUCCCCGGAUAGCAGGAAAAGGUGCAGCUUGAUGUUAGGUAUAAGGACAAUAGGCAUGUGAGCAUGGGUGCUGAGAAAUG